AUGGGGUGCUCCAGCUCGACGGUUGCGCGCGGCGGCGUAGACAUGUCGGCGCUGCCGGCGCCGGCGCGGCCAGAGAGGCGGCAUAGCCUUCCUUCACGCGCCGCCUCGGCGAUGGGCUCCCUCGGCCUCUGCCGCGGCCGGCACGACGGCCUACACCCCUACACGACGUUGCCGCUCGAAGAGACGGUAAGGGGCGAAGCCCAAUAUGGAGCACCGUCGGCGGAGGCGAAGGCCGCUUCCUUUAGUGGGGAUGCGGCGGCGUGGCCUGCGGAGGGCCGCGCGCCGAUGAAGCUAUCGCCGGCCGGAAUUCUUGAGGGCGCUGCGUCGUCAACGUCGAGCACAGCGCAUUGGACCGCAUCAGCGACUUCGAGCACGCCGCAAUUUUCAGCGUCGCCGAGUUGGUUCCGUGGAGAAUCAUCGUCGUCGCUGCCGCCGCCGGUGCAGUUUGUGGCGCCUGACUUUGAUCCGGCGAUACUGUCCCUGUUCCGCGAGGCCUUGGUGGGACAGUCACCGUCUCACCCGGCGGUUCUCUUCCCAGAGAAUGAGGCCACGACCCCGCGGGAGACGGCCGCCUUGGACGAGGUGGUGCCGCCGGCCACCCGGGACAUGCCGGAGGUGACCGGCUUGGUUCGUGCGCGUGUCGACGAGUUCCACAGGAAGCUGGAGGAGAAGAAGGAGAUGAAGGAGGCGGAGGCCCAGAGCGCCACCCACGACGCCGCGGACGAGGUGGCGGUGCCUCCUCCGAGGAAGGCGGUGGUAGUGUACUUCACCAGCAUCCGCGGCGUGCGCAAGACGUUCGCGGACGGCGCGGCCGUGCGCGCCAUCCUGUUCUCCUACCGCGUGCGCGUGGACGAGCGGGACGUGUCCAUGCACGCCGCCUUCAAGGACGAGCUCCGCAACCUCGUCGGCCUCGCCGCGGGGGCCGGGCACGUGCUCCCCCGCGUUUUCGUCUUGGGCGAUGGCGAGCAGCAGCUCGACCUUGGAGGCGCCGACGAGGUGAGCGAGCUGCACGAGAGCGGCGAGCUCGCUCACGCGCUAGCCGGGUGCGAGACAGUGGCGGCGCACCUCCCCCCAUGCGUCGGGUGCGGUGACUUGCGCUUCCUGCCCUGCGGCACGUGCUCCGGCAGCUGCAAGCUCUUCGCCGGCGACGAGGGUGGGUGCGUGGCUGACAUGUUCGAGGAGUGCACGGAGUGCAACGAGAACGGGCUCAUCAGGUGCCCGGUCUGUUGCCUCUGA